AUGCCUUUCGAUGUUAGUGAACCUCAAGUUGAAGGACACGACGGCUUUGCCAGAUUCUACUGGAAACAUGACGAACAAUUGCAUCCUUUGAGAAGGAAAAAAGGUAGUGCAGAGGAUGGUCAUGCUCCCAUGGAAAGAACAAGAUAUGCAUAUGAAAAGUAUCGUGAAGUUAGAAGUCAAAUUACAUCUGGUCGAACCUUUACAGUAAACUUUGACGAAGGAAAGAACAAAGAAGGCUUCAUGGGAGUACUUGCUGCCAUAAAAGACGGAAAUAAGAAAGGACACAAUCUCAGAUUGACCAUAACAGAUUUGGAUGGUCACAUUUACUAUGCACAUGGCAAUGAACAAACAGCCGCAAAACUUCUUGACGCUUUCAAGACUACAAAGAGAGUACAAAUGGUUGACUCCGACUCAGACAUUUUGAAUGCAAUUGAAGGAAUUGCAAGUGUCAAGUUCGAAUGGUACCAACCUAACCCUCAAGCAGUCAGACAACAUGCUGGAUACUUCCCGUUCAUAAAUAAGUCUGACAUUGACUUGA